GUUUCUAGCCGGCAACAAUUCCGUCGACACAGAUCCAUGUGACCUUGGCAAAAUGCUACUUCUCCACAAAUAAUAAUUGUUGCUCUCCGUUCCUAUCCAAUCGUUUUCCUGCGUUGACUUUAAAGAGUCAAAUAAAACCAUGGCUUUAACUAAAACAUGGAUGGCUAAAGCAUGUCUAUACAGAUGUCUGCAGAGUGCACUCCAUAGACAUGCAGUUGUUGCAUCUGCGUUACACACGACUGGUCUUCUCCAAACUUCAAACAAGACGUCUGUAGUUCGCUGUGCAAGGAAACAAUACGAGAGACAGUAUCCAGUCCUGUUGGUCCGUCCUGAUGGCUCCACAAUCAACAUCCGAUACAAGGAGCCAAAGAGAAUACUCAUGAUGCCAGUGGACAUCAGCACUCUGUCAGAAGAGGAGAGGAAAUCAAGAUUACGGAAGAGGGAUCCAAAGAAGACCGUUGUGAAAAAAGAGAAAGAUGACUUUGAAGACAACUUUAAAAUUGACGACUACAGUCAGUUCUGGAAGAAAAAGUAAUUGGAGUAUUGUUUGAGUGCCCCUGUUUCUCUGUGUAUAUUGUAAUUAAUGUCAGGUCAUGUAAUAAAUAUUCUUUUCAACUA